AUGACAGUUGCUGCACCGCCAGUGCCACCUGUGCACGAAAAUGGUCUGAAUGGCAGUGUUCCGGGCCACCAUGUCAACAUGAGCCUACCGCGUUUUCACCCAAUCGCCAUGAAUCCCAACCAACCUGUACCUCCCGAGUCCAUGAUGCACGGCCAUCAUCACUUUCGUCCGUUCCCACCACCUCCUCCAAUGCAGGAAACGGGCCCGCCAGGUCCCCCCAAUGCGCAUCCUCCUAGUAUAGACCAUAUUGAGUCUCGUCUGAGACAAUUGGAACAUGAAGAAGCUGCCCGUAUGGCGGCUCGUAGCCAUCUGCUUGCGAUCCGCAAGCGAGAGGACGAGGAAUUUCGUAGGAUGACGGAGAAUGCCGAGGCGGAAGAAGAGGAAUUGCGUAGGCAACGAAAACGACUGAAGCGGGAGUCGAUGGGUCUGGGGUUCAACGCGAACCUGGACUCUCCGCCUCUUCGUCCCACGCCCCCUCGUCGUCUGUCGGAAACCAAUGCAGCGACUACACUUGCUUUCUUCAAGCAACAAAGCCCCCCCGAACCACCUCGCACCAUCCCUCCUCCACAAGCUCCCGUGCCGCAACCCCAUCCGCCCCCCCAACACAUUCACCACGACCCCACGGGGGCGACUUCGAUUCGGCGCAAGCAGAAGUAUACCAUCAAAAACGUGGAAGCCUGGGGCGAACGACAUGGACGACCAGCCGCACACGAUCCUUCCGGCCGAGCUCUGUGGAAGCGUCCAUCGGACGGUAGUUUGGUUUAUCUCACAUGUCCAGUCUCCGGCUGUGGUAAAGCGGAUUUUGUGACCCUUCACGGCUUCAUGUGCCAUCUAACAAAGAAGCACAAAGACCGCAGCUUGGGUAGCCAGUCGCGGGCCCUGGAAGUUUGUGGAGUGGUUUACGAUCCGAAUGCGCCUCUUCCUCCGGUACCAAAUGUACACCGUGCUUCAACCGAGGAGAGUCGUUUGGAGUCCGCACCCACAGACCCUGACGGGUACCCACAGGAUAUGGAAUAUUCUUCGGGAUCCGACGAAGACAGCGGCGACAAUUCAGUCCCCGUAAAGAGCGAGUCCACCGACAGGACGUUAAUUCCUCCCGCGUCGCUGCCGCCCUUAGAAGGACCGCCACCCGCACAUCAAAUAAACGGCUCUACGAAACAGUCCAUUUCGUCCAUUAUCGACCGUGAGCCUGCAGAUGAACCAAGAGAGCCUGCACGUUCCCUUCCUCCUCACGCAGCUGAGCCGGUCUCGAAGGCUUCCCCGGAGGAAAACGCCGUAACCCGGGAUGUCGCCGAGAUUCCGAGACCUCAAGGGCCCGAGAAGGCGGCGAGUGAACCGCAGGAACCUCCCGAGAUGAAGUAA